AUGACUGAUAUCAGGAUCAUCCAUGCGUAUCGUCACCUAUACCGUCAGCUCCUUCAUGCUGUGAAAUUCUCAAAACCAGCUCGCUUCGUAGCUCGAGAUCAACUUAGAGCAGCGUUCCGUGAUAAAAAUGCCAAAUUCGAUCCUCGAAGCACAACCAGAACGCUGCGCUUUCUCGAGGCUGCCGCUAGGGCUCGGGGGCUCGAGCAUAAUAUCCUCAAGAAUCUCCUGGUAGUGGCGUGGCACCGAACCAACGUCACUCGGGUUGCCUGGAAAACUGUCGAGCAUUCAAUCCAAGCGCCUAGGAAACAAACAGACUUGGAGAAGUAUAUACACAAGACGGCCUAUAGGCAAUAUGACAUGACCGUUGCUAUGCUCAACAAGUCCUUGGGGCUAUGCUUGCGAUAG